UAUAGAUUCAACAGAAGCUUCACCUCUAUCAUCUCUGUUUGAACAAGCCGAAUGGGAGACCCAGUCAUCGAGUGAUACGCGAUAAGCCAUGCUCACGGAAUGUGAGAAGAUUCUAGGACAGGGCCUUCUUCGCCUCCCUCAGAAACAUAACUACCGUUACGGGCCCGAGGCGGAGAAGGAUCUCUUAGAGCUUCUUUUCCGCUCUCUUGCAGGUCACAGCGAAGAGCGCCUACGACAUCUAUUCCCCGAUGGUCUUCCGAACGGGCCGUGGAAGCUAGCUGAAGCUCAGGGCGCGAAGGAAGGAGCGGAAUACUCGGAGGCUGCGAGGGGAAAGCGAUGCGGUCAUAUUUUCAGAGCAGGAGAAGCUACUUAUCACUGCGUAACCUGUGCCGCGGAUGAUACCUGUGUUCUUUGCAGUCGAUGCUUUGAUGCCUCCGAUCAUACUGGUCACCAAUACCAGAUUUCGCUUUCGUUGGGAAACUGCGGGUGCUGCGACUGCGGUGAUGAGGAGGCCUGGAAGCUGCCGUUGUUCUGUGCCAUUCAUACGGAUAGUGAGAGUGCAAAGGGGAAAGAGCGCGCGCGGAAUCCCUUGCCGCAAGAAUGGGUGGAUAGUAUCAGACUCACUAUUUCCCGGGCAAUGGACUACUUCUGCGAUGUCAUUUCAUGUUCGCCUGAGCAGCUAAGACUCCCGAAGACGGAAGAAGGAAUCAGGCUCGACGAGGUAGCAUCCAGGCUGCAUCCAGGGUGGUAUGGUGAAGGGGACUUGUCGGAUGGAGAGCCUGAAUUUGCUGUCGCCCUGUGGAACGACGAGAAACAUACCAUUAGGGAUGUAGCACACCAGGUCAACAGAGCUUGUCAAGAACGGAACAGUUUUGGAAAUGCCAGAGCACACGAGACGAAUGAUAUUGGUCGAAGUGUAGUCAAGUAUUCCCGAGACGUCCAGAGGCUGCUGGGUGUCUCGAAGAUUCUCGAGCAGAUCAAGGUCACUGUUACAGUGAGGUCUGCGAGGGAUACCUUCAGGGAACAGAUGUGCGGCACGAUUGUCGAAUGGUUUGCAGAUAUCUCCGGUUGCAGUGUGCUUGAUGAUAAUGAGAUCCUGCGCCAUGUUAUUUGUGAGGAGUUACUGAGUCCCUGGAGACGAGGUAGCGGCGCUUACAAUGCGGAUAUUGGAAUGAAGGGUAUCGAUGAUCAUCAGAGGUCUGACAAUGCGCCGUUUCGAACCGUCAUGGUAACCCUCUCGCCUCAAGGUCGAGUGAUUCUAGCAGCGGACGACGAUGAUGAUGAGGGCGAGGAGGGAGAAGAGGAUGAAGACGAAGGCCUUGCUGGUAACGACGAUGAGGAAGACGAGGAAUACGUUGAUGCCCAUGACGAUAUAGAUGAUGAUGAUGUUGAGACAAUUCUCCACCGCCUCCGUGAGAGCGUUGAUGAAGAUGGAGAUGUGGCAAUGGGUAAUGCUGAUAAUGAGGGCGAGUCUGGAUAUUCCCAUCAGCAACCGCAAGCGCCUCAGGAGGGCCAGCAGACCGAACAUGAUCGAUCCAUUCGCCGCGAGCCAGAGACCGGUGGGAAUCGUGCUCUGCCUCAAGUUCACAUACCCCGAACCCCUUCAGGGUUUGUUCGACCAUCCCCGGCAAGAACCCCAAGCUACUGGCUUGUGAGACCUUCUGCUCCUGUGACGGGUGAGGGUAUCCCACCCUACGAGGACUUGUGGCAGCGCACCCGUCUUGACUGGAUGAUCCUUUUCGAUCUGCGGCUAUGGAAGAAGACUCGGACAGAUCUCCGUGAUCUUUACAUUAGCACAGUGGUCAACAUCCCUCAGUUCAAACGGAUCAUGGGCCUCAGGUUGUCAGUGUUAUACACUGCUCUUGCACAGCUGUAUCUGAUAGCUGAUAGAGAGCCGGAUCACUCUAUUGUUAAUCUGUCUCUGCAGCUUCUCACCACUCCUUCAAUCACUGAGGAAAUCGUCCGGCGUGGCAACUUCCUUACCAAGGUCAUGGCCAUCCUCUAUACAUUCCUUACGACAAGGCAGGUAGGCGAACCGUACGAGGUUAAUCCAAAUGCCACGUUGGCUUUCGAUGCCGGAUCUGUGACGAACCGACGACUGUACCAUUUCUUCUUGGAUCUACGGUAUCUUCUCCAGUCAGAAUACGUACAGUACCAUGUACGCACGGAGAAGCAAUAUCUUCCCCAGUUUCUGGAUCUCGUAAAACUUUCCCAGGGAAUUUGCCCCAACGUACGCGCCGUGGGAGAGCAUGUGGAAUAUGAAACAGACGCAUGGAUUAGCGCAUCAAUCCUGAUGCGAGAGAUUAAUCGACUCUGUCGUCAAUUCUGCGAGGCGUUUCGCCAUCCUGAGAAUGACAACGGAGAGAACCUUCUCAGGGCGAUCAAAACAGCAGCUGUAACUGCCAUUGUGCAUUCGACAGGCGUAGAACGCCAGCGUUUUGAUCAGGCUGAAAUCAAGGAGUACGUUCGAUUCAAGUCCCUACCAUGCUUCGAUUUCGAGGUCGAUCAGAACGGUCAGAUCCCCCGUCAUCGUGUGGUGAACUUCGUCGUCGAAAAGGGCUCGAUUAGUUUCCAUCAUGCUCUACAUUACACUCUAUCAUGGCUGCUGGAGUGUGGACGAGGCCUGAGCAGUGCCCUGAUGCGCGAUAUCUUACUGGAUGCGGCCCAGACUUCAAAUGAAAAUUAUGUUCGCGAUCCCUCUCUGACUCCCGAUGAUUUGCUUCUCUUAAUGUUUGAUUAUCCGCUCAGAGUCUGUGCAUGGCUCGCCCAAAUGAAAGCCGGAAUGUGGGUUCGCAAUGGCCUCAGCCUUCGGCAUCAAAUGUCACAGUACCGUGGGGUCUCGUCUCGCGAUUUUGCAUACUAUCGUGAUAUUUUUCUGCUCCAAACAGCAAUGGUAACGCUAGAUCCCAGCAGGGUCCUUGCAUCCAUCGCCGACCGGUUCGGAAUGGUCGACUGGAUGACUAGAGACUACGUGCCUCGUGCUGGCUAUGAGGAUUCCCAGAUUGUGGACGUCGCUGAGGAGUUCGUCCACCUACUUGUCAUCUUACUCACGGACCGCACCUCCUUGAUUGCCAUCGAUGAUAGUACCGCUUUGGCUCGUGAAAACAUGAAGCGGGACGUUGCCCACGCACUGUGUUUCAAGGCUCUUUCUUUCUCUGAUCUCUCGAGCCGACUCAGCGACAAGCUGCUUGACUCGGAUAUGUUCCAGGACAUUCUUGACGAGGUUGCAAACUUCCGUGCUCCUGAGGGUCUAAAUGAUACCGGAACCUUUGAGCUGAAAUCCGAGUAUAUUGAUCUGAUAGAUCCUUAUAGUGCGCAUUACACGAAGAACCAGCGAGAUGAAGCGGAGAAUAUUUACAAAGAAUGGAUGGCAAAGAUGACAGGGAAGAAGCCGUCAGAUAUUGUCUUUGAGCCAAAAUUGCGACCUAUCGCCUGGGGUGCCUUUUCUAACUUACCGCUAUUCACCAAGACCCUUUUGUUUGCUCAAAUCGUGCAUCAGUGCCUGGAGUAUGCAGUGUCUUCUAAGGAUCGCACCCCGAAUAUCCCAGUUACAAGAGUCGAGACAUUUCUCCACAUGGUGCUUCAUUUAAUUCUGUCUGCGGCACUCGAAGAUCAUGUCAUAGACACCCACGGGACGGACGAUUCAACGGAUUCAUUUGUCAUCCACGCCCUGACGAAAACUAGGAUGACACAAGCAGGGAACUUGACAAUAAUUGGCCUGCUCGAAAAGAUCUCUUCCAUGGGUGAAUAUGCCUCUUGCAGUGCCAAGAUUCGUCAUAUUCUGAAACGGUUCUGGCAGAGGAAUCCUCGGGCUUACAUGGCUGCAACCUCCUCGCUAAGCUUCCCCUUUGAUAGGGUCGAUACGGCAUCUCCUGCCGUUGAUACCAGCGCUGAAAAGGACCUUAAGAAAAAACAAGCACUCGAAAGACAAGCAAGAGUCAUGGCUCAGUUCCAGCAACAGCAACAGAACUUCUUGAACAACCAGGGUGACAUUGAUUGGGGUGAAGAAGAUUUCAGUGAUCUUGAGUCCGAUGCAGAGUCUGCGGCUCCUCAGGCGAAGGUUUGGAAGUUUCCCAGUGGUCCUUGUAUCCUGUGUCAGGAAGAGACCAACGAUUCGAGGUUCUACGGCACAUUUGCUCUUGUCCAAGACAGCGGUAUUCUAAGGCAGACCUGUAUUCAAGACUCCGAUUGGAUUCGGGAGGCUCUAAAUACGCCUUCUAGCUUGGAUAAGUCGGCCGAGCGUUUACGUCCUUUCGGAGUCGCGGGUGAGAACCGCACCACUGUGCGAAAGUUGGAUUCUACGGGUGGAGAAGUCAUCAGUGAAAAGAUUGGACUCAGCAAAGGUUUUGACCCAAGACAUACGCUGCGUGGACCGGUUACCACUGGUUGCGGACAUAUCAUGCACUAUUCAUGCUUCGAAGUCUAUUAUACCGCCACACGGACAAGACAUACCCAGCAAAUCGCCAGGCACCACCCGGAACGCUUGGAUCGCAACGAAUUCGUCUGCCCUCUUUGCAAGGCUCUGGGAAAUGCAUUUCUUCCCAUCACUUGGAAGGGCAAGGAAGUGACAUAUCCUGGUGCAUUGGCUACUUCCAUGUCUUUUGGCGAGUUUAUGGCUGAUGGGAUUGAGUCGGCGCUCUCUCAGUUACAGAACUAUACAAUCCUCAUGCACGGCGACCAACCACAGCUACAACAGUAUCAAGAUGUAUUUCUGGACUACCUUUCGAGAACAUUGGUUCCUCAAUUAGCGUCAAGGAUAAGCCAGCUCUUGAACCAGUUCCUAACAUCUUCGUUUCCCCCAGCCGCGGCUUUUCGGCCGAUUACAAGAUUGGCGCUGCCUGGUAAUUUCCCAGCUCCCGAUGACUCCUUGGCAACGAUAGGCUCGCUUCAGGUUUCUGGUUCCGGGGAUAGCCCCAUGGCGGAGCUUCUCCAGAUAUACAAGCGGCUUAAGGGAACGCUUGGACUAAAUGGAAUACCCUCUCUCUUCAAUCAUGCGUCGGAUACACUGAAUUCUGAUGAAUUGGUUCAGUCUGAUUCUUUAAUUCGAAGCUUUGGAUUCAGCAUUGCAGCUGUAGAGAUUGCCCAGCGAGGCGUUGAAUCUGAACCGGGCUCGACCCUGCUGGACAAGAUUCCCCAAUUGACACUCACUCACCUUCGUGUCUUGGCGGAGACAGCGUUGUCCUAUUCUGCAAUUGGUUUCCUGCAUAGCGUUGGUAGCUUGAAAACUCGAGCCAGCCAUGAAUUUCAAGAAAUGCACCGCCAGAAGCUAUGUCAAUUAUUUUUCGGUCAUCCUAGUGUGCGUGGGACACCACUCCUAGAUGAUUUCCACAGUAUCGAGCCAUUACUUACGGCAGAUACGUUCGUAUUUUUGGCCGAAUGCUCACUUUCACUUCUGCCCGUUUUCAACGUCGAUUUCCGCCACCUUAUUCAACUAUGUUACGUGGCGGAAAUCAUUAAGGUCGCUGCUACGUAUAUUCUGUGGCCCGCGGGCCUGAAGGAGGAGUUAGCUCAACAUGGAGAUGCUCAUUAUUUGUUGGAUGUCGAACUGUCGGAUGGGAGCUACGAGUGCACCAAGCAUUUCUUCGAUGCCAUCGUUGCGGAACUGAGGGCAACCCCAUCUCCAGCGAGUGGCUACGUCAAGGAUGGUGAGCAGUCUGCAACUCCGGGUGUCAUCAUAGCAUUGAGACGCCUAAUUUCGAGCUAUGCUUUGACAUUCCUUCGUAAGACUAUUAUCUUACUCCACGUGCAACACGGCGUCGAAUUUCCCAACACUGGCGUCACCGAAAUGGACAUCUCAGAGUUGGACCGUCUUACGGCAAUCUUGAAACUCCCGACACUGGAUGAGGUCUUUUCUUCGAUUGUCACCUCCCGGGAAAACGGCGACCCACUCGCAGCCGUCUUUUCGGGGUGGAUCUUUCACUGGGAUGCCUCGCGUUCUGGUAUCCGCGUUAAUGAUCAUAGACUGGGUUUGAGCUUGCCUCACCCUGGGAUCUUCGAGCUUGUGGGUCUGCCGAAAUACUAUGACAGCUUGAUAGAGGAGGCAAAUCGGAGACGAUGCCCAAAUUCGAAGAAGGAACUGAGUGAUCCGAGUAUAUGUCUGUUCUGUGGGGAUAUAUUCUGUUCGCAGGCCGUGUGCUGCACAGAUAAAGGAAGCAAUUUGGGUGGAUGUAACCAGCAUCUUCGGAAGUGUGGCAAGAAUGUUGGAUUGUUCAUCAACAUCCGAAAAUGUGCAGUUCUCUAUCUCCACAACAGCAACGGCUCCUGGCAUUAUGCACCCUAUCUCGAUCGCCAUGGGGAAGUUGAUCCGGGUCUCAGGCGAAACCGCCAACUCAUCUUGAACCAAAAACGGUACGAUCGUCUUCUCCGUGACGUGUGGCUAUCCCAUGGCAUUCCAGCAACAAUAAGCAGAAAGUUGGAGGCAGAUAUUAAUAAUGGCGGGUGGGAGACGAUAUGA